AUUGAUGUGCAGCACCCUAACACCAAGGUAAUGUGUGGUAUACACCCCAUGAUUUGUCCUUUUUUGGCCAUUCAAACAUGUGGAUUGUUUUUCACAUAAUUACUAUGUUAUUGCUUUUUCUAUCUGGUAGCUGGCAUUCCAGGAUAAGAAAUAGAGCCGUUCAAGUAGUUGAGUAGAAAAAGAUGAAACUAAAUUGUUGGAAAAUCAAGACAAAGAAAAGCAGUGUACAAGUCAAGUAAUUUUUAUUUGUAUAGCGCAUUUAACAUGCACAGAUUGCAACCCAAAGCGCUUUACACAGUGCCGAUCGGAGUGGCGUAGUCUAGUCGCCAGCGUACCAGUGACCAACAAGACAACAAACAAAUGUACAAAAUAUCAAGAUGACACAAGACAAAAGAUGCCGGACGGAGCUGCGUAAUCUCCAGCGUACCCGUGAUACCAAGACAUACAAGACAGACAAACAAACAAAAAUCUAAUAAUAAAAACAAACAAAACCAGAAAAGUCCACAUUAACUUAGUCCAAUUGACAGCAUCCAAGUCAGACAGCUGAGAAAAGUCCCAGGGCAAUGAUGAUGACAGCUUUGUACCAGACCAAUCCGGAGGAUUUAACGGUGCUAGGCAGGCCGGCUGGAGAGCAGCAGAAGUACAAGCAGCAGAAGCACAGAACAGUCCGAAGUCGUGGGCGACCCUCACCCUGCAGAUCAGCAACUCAGUGGACUCCGACAGCGACAGUUUGUUUUUAGCUUCUAACGUUAGCAUCUGCUCGAUCCAGACUCCAGCCAGCAGAGCAUGGCAGCUCGCAGGCCAGCAGCAGCAGCAGCUCGGCAGUCGCGGCAGCACAUCGCCCGCAGUUGGUAGCUAUAGGUCCUCAGCAGUCCUGACUUUGGAGGUUAAUGUUCAAUUAUGCAUGCAAUUAUGCAAUUAUGGCAUCAGCCAACUUGUAAGCAGGAAAAUAAAGACUUAAAAAAGCACAAGACUAUCGAAAAUAGUGUAAAUAAACAUGAAAACAUUUAACUAGACAAAUGAACAGAAUAAAACAUAACAUUUCUAACAUUACAUUAAAACGAACAAAAACAUGUUGCCAGACGAAACGGCUACAUCGGCUACAAGUGCAUAUGGAAAUAUAAUGUGUGUUAUUCCUAUGUUAUUUCGUAUGGAAAUAAUGUAACCACAUUCAACAUGCAGACAGACAUUUUGUUUUAAAUGUGCAGAAAAUGUAGUCAAUUUAGUAAGGGAGGUAGGGAUUAGUGAGUUAGUCGGUCAUAGUCGGUAGGCUAUGUAAACAAUAUGUUUGCAAAGUUAACUUUGACAAUGCUGGUGGCAAGGGCUUUCACGACUAGUGAUUUUCAGUAGUCGACUAGUUGCUCAUGAUAAUAGAAGUGCCGUUCGUCAUGGUCUGAGGUUAUGUGCCAUCAAAAUGAUUUUGGAAACAUUAUGUUAGAAGGUAAAACAACUCUUAAAGGUGCCUUUCAGUGCCUCUCUGUAUCACUUUUCAACCCGUCAGUGUUACUUCAUGCUUUAUGUUGAAUUCUUUAAUUCACUACCAAGCUUGCUUAUGUCAUGUGCCAAGAUUUACGCACAGUAGUGAGUCCUGCUGACCAGCUGAUCAUGGUUAUCAAAGCACCUCCUGACACCAAGCUGCAUGUUUCUGAACCUAGUGAGGGUUACCAGAUCGCCUUGAAAAGUGGCGAAGGCCCUGUAGAAGUUUUCUUAUGUCCAGAGGACAAUUCCAAAGUGUGCAGCCCUUUGACUGACAGCAAAGGACUAGUGGCCUCCAAGCAAGUCUGCCCUCCUCCGACAACUUCAGUGGAGCCCACCGCAUGCACAUCAUCUGUCCUGAAUUCAUCCCCUCUUCCAUUAGAACCAUCUCCUCUGAAUGAAGACCCUGUAUCAAGUCAAGAAUAUAUGCCUGACUUGGACUUGACAUACUUCGAGUCUUCCAACUUCCUGUUAGACCAUGGCAUGGAUUGCUUUAACAUACCCACAGAUAGUUUCAUCAAUCUUUCACCACCCCUGAGUCAAGACUACUACUUUGGGAUGGAGGAGAAUGAAGGCAUCAGUGAGCUAUUUGAUUCUGACUUUGGAGAACUGGGCCAUUUUGAUUUAUAAGAGUGUGUUUCAAGAAAGUGAGUGAAUGGACAAUGCAUACACAACAUUUAUACAGCAUGCUGAUAUGAUGUGGGACAGACUUAUUCUAUAUACCGAGGUAGUAAUGCAUUAUCAACAUUUAAGUGAAUUAUGCCUUUUCAAUUUUCAAGAGUACUAUUUUGUAAAUAUGUCAACUAAACCUUUAUUCCUUUAGUUUUCAGAGCUAUUAUUUAAAAUGUGUAUUUGCUGAACAGUCCGAAAUACCUCAGUUACGUAGAUUUAAACUGGCACUUUAAUAGCUGUUCUGGUUUCCUUUACAUUGUUUCUGGCAGAUUUGCAGCAAACUUGUGGGUUACUUGUGAGUUCACUAAAAAAUAUUGCCGGAAGUUUGCCACUAGUUUGCCAGUGAUUUGCCAUCACACUUAGCCAAUAAUGGCAAACUUCCAGUGAACUCCUAGUGACAAACCUAAUUUGCAUAUGAUAUUGCUGCAAAUUUGCAGCCACAUAUGCCACAUUUGCUGAUAUUUUUUUUUUUUUUUUUAAGAAUAUUUUUGGGGCUUUUUGCCUUUAUUACAAUAGGACAGUGAAGAUGUAGACAGGAAGUAAGUGGGAGAGAGAGAGAUGUGGUUGGAUCGGGACAUGACUGCAGGUUGAAAUCGAACCUGGGUCCCCGGACCUGUAUAUGGCACAAGCGCUGUAGCCUGUUGCGCCACAGCACCCCCUUGAAAGAUCAUUUUGACUUAAUUUAAGAAGACUUUGACUUAUUUUAAAGGAAUAGCACAAAGCGAGCAAUGUUAAAGCAAUACAGAGCUCCGUUCUAAAGCUGCCAAAUUCCACAAACAGGCUCAAUCGUCGAGAUUUCGGUGUCAAACACUCGUUUUCAUGCUAGGCAAUACAGAAAACGGGCUUAAAGUGUAAAAUACCGAAUUAUUCCUUUAAGGAAUCUUAUCAAGAUGAAUUUACUCAACGCGACUUCCGGUAGCGGCCAUGUUGAGAACACACGCGUAAAGUUACUCUCCACAUCAAUCUUUUUUCAAAAGUACCCCCGCUGCCCAAAUUCAUUUUUUUUUUCUAUAUAGAAGACGUAAGUAAUGCCAGGGGGGAAUUCAACGAGAAGCCAGAAUCAAAAAACGGGAACUAAGGAACGAACAAUGUCGAAAACAGUGUCUCCCCAAAACGAAGAGAAAGCCUCCGGAAAAGAAGCCGCCCCUGAGCCCGCGGGGCAACUGCUUCGACAAAUGACUUCAAUCACAGAUGACCUUAAGGACUUCAAAAAAGAUAUAAAGUCCGCUAUCUCGGAGCUGAAGGGUGAAAUGAAAGCUGACCUACGGGAAGAGCUAGCAACAUUCAAACAAGAUCUCAACCUGAAGCUAACAGAGCUAGGCACGUCACUCCAGACCCAAGGCCAAGCCAUCUCCGAAAUGCAAGAACGGGUAUCUGAGCUAGAGGAGAAUAGUGUCGUUACCAAAGAGUCCCUAGUGUUCCUCUUAAAUGAGAGACGUCGACUGCAAGAUAAGGUGACGGAUCUAGAAAGCAGGUCCAGGCGUUGUAAUAUCCGGAUCUAUGGUGUGCCAGAAGACUCAGAAGGUGACUCUAUGACCACGUAUCUAGACCAUCUUCUGACUACCGAGCUCUCACUACCAGAUGGAAUGGCCCUACAAAUUCAGCGGGCACAUAGGGCUUCAACGAAGAGACCAAACCCUGAGUCCCCCCCGCGAUCCAUUGUGGUAUGCUUUCAACAAUUUAAGGUUAAAGACACGGUCUUAACAGCGGCGUGGAAGAAAAAAAUCUUUAUAGCAGGUCAGUUGGUCUCUUUCGACCAUGACUACGCGUCGGAAGUUGUUGAGAAACGCAGAGCCUAUGCGGGGGUCAAAAAAGCUUUGAAGGAGAAAGGCAUUCGCUUUCAAACCCCUUACACGAAAAUUCGAGUGCAUUGGACCAACGGUACGGAGUCGUACAAAGACGCACAGGAGGCGAUAAGAGAGCUGAGGGCGAGAGGAAUUGAAGUGGCCAAGCAAAAAGAAGAUACAGGAUACAGUCUGGAGAGAAAUAUAAACAACACUUUCCAAUGGCAACGGGAGAACACCAGAGAGAUGAACACCAGCGAUCUUGGGGCGAGAACAAGAGAGAAACUGCAGGAUUUUCGAAGACCUCAACAGGACUGAAACGAGGAGUGAGUGACUUUCGGUUUGUGAAUCUGCUCUUUUAUUUUCCCAAGGAUUAUGCUUCAAAGACGGUAGGCGUUAAUUAUUUUUCUGAUUGAACGGAGAAAACUUUUCAGAUUAUGUUGGACACAUCUAGAGGUUUUGGAUUGCUUUUAGUCUUUCCACCCCUAGGGAGGGCCCCAUCCACUCUGUGGGGGUUUUGUUCCCUCCACUCCUUCCCAGCAAGGAACAUGGGGAUAUGGUUCCCCCUUUUUUUGGAAGUCGUAGCUUUUUGGUUGUUUUUCAUUGUUUUCUGUUGUUGCUGUUGUGUUAGUUUAAAGUUGAUGGGGGAGUUAAUUGUUUUAAUUGGGGAAGAAAAUGCACCUUUGAGGAGAGUUAUCUUUGUAUCUUAUGGGCAUUAUAGGCUGAUCUUAGGAUAUCAUAAUGGUCAAUGUAAUUUCCUUUAAUGUCAAUGGGCUUCUCAGCCCUGGUAAACGUAACAAAAUUCUUUUAAAACUUAAGAAGGAGAACAUUGACAUAGCUUUCUUGCAAGAAACCCAUAUGACUGAAAUUGACCACCAAAAGCUGAAAAGGUAUGGUUUCAAACAUGUUUUUUCAUCCUCCAAUGGAUUUAAGCAUAAUAGAGGGGUAGCCAUUUUGAUAUCUGGAAGGGUGACAUACGAACAUCUAUCUAUAAUUAAAGACAGGGAAGGCAGAUUUAUUCUGAUUAAGGGGAAAGUUAAUGGAAAUUAUUUUACUCUUUACAACGUAUACAUCCCGCCAGGUUCAAAUUCAGAUUUUCACCAAAAAAUAAUAGACAGGGCAGUGAUUGAGUCACAGGGAAUCUUAUUAUGUGGGGGGGAUUUCAACAUUACUUUGAACCCUUCUCUGGAUUCCUCAAACACCCGAACUUCUCAGCCCAAGAAGUUGACCAAAAAGAUUACUAGUAUAAUUUCUGAGGUGGGCUUGGUGGAUGUGUGGAGGUUCUACAAUCCUUCAAUCAGGGACUACACCCAUUUCUCAUCUCCCCAUUCUUCCUAUUCUAGAAUUGAUUAUUUUCUUUUAUUUGGUAGGGAUGUUUGUAGAGUGCAAAGUUGUCGCAUUGGAUCAAUUGAUCUCUCUGAUCAUUGCCCAGUGUAUUUGACUUUAACUGAUGAUCGCAGGAUUAAGCCAGGUUACUGGAGACUCAACUCCUCUAUACUGAACAAGGACAGGAUAGAACAAUUUAGUAAAGACAUUACAGACUACUUAACAGACAACGAUAAUGAUGAAGUCUCCCCUCCUACUCUCUGGGAUGCUUGCAAAGCAGUAAUGAGAGGAAAGGUUAUAGCAACAACUUCUUUUCUGAAGAAGCAGAGGAUUAAGAGACUCAGUGACCUUCAACUUGAUUUAAAAAAGGUGGAAUUAGAACAUAAACAAUCUUUUACUCCAGGCAGUGAUGUGGAAAUGAAAAAGCUAAGGAACCAAAUAAAUGAAAUACUUGGACAAGAAAUACAAAAGAAACUUAUCUACACAAAACAAAAAUAUUAUGAGGGCGGAGGUAAAUACUCAAAAUUAUUGGCUUACAAAUUAAAAAAACAAGAAGCAGACAACACAAUAUAUAAAAUAAGGGACUCAGCAACAAAAAAUAUUCUUCAGGAAACAGAAGAAAUAAAAAACUGCUUCAAAGACUACUACGAAAAAUUAUAUUCACAACCUCAAGUACACGAUGAUGAUAAAUUAGAAUCCAUGCUCCGAACAUUAGAUCUUCCAACUGUGUCAGACGAUCAAAAUUCAGCUCUGAAGCUACCUAUAUCUGAAGGUGAGCUUGCCUCAGCUAUCACUAGACUAAAGACUAGUAAGUCUCCUGGAGCUGAUGGAUUCACAUCAGAAUGGUAUAAGGGUUUGAGGGAGGCAUUGACACCCAUUCUGCUUAAAACUUUUAACUGGGUCUUUAAAAAGGGUGAAAUUCCAAAUUCUUGGAGGGAGGCCACCAUCUCUGUUAUACCGAAGGGAGGAAAAGACAAGCUAAAUUGUUCUAAUUACAGACCAAUUAGUGUGCUAAAUAUUGACUACAAAAUAUUUGCUUCAAUCAUUGCCAAAAGAUUAGAAAAAGUUUUGCCUACAAUAAUAAAUAUUGAUCAAACUGGUUUUGUAAUGACUCGCCAGACUCAUGAUAACAUUAGGAGAUCUUUACAGAUUAUUAGACAUAUAAACCAAAACAAAAUAGAGGCCAUGCUGAUCAGCAUAGAUGCACAAAAGGCAUUUGAUUCUGUGAGAUGGAAAUUUCUCUUUAAAGUUAUGGAGAAAUUUGGUUUCAACAAGCAAUUGAUUGAGUCACUAGAAGCGCUUUACACCAAACCAGAAGCUAGAUUAAAAAUAAAUGGGGAACUGAGUGACUCCUUUCAGCUGGAGAGAUCCACAAGACAAGGCUGCCCUCUAAGUCCUCUUUUGUUCGCCAUCUUUAUAGAACCUUUGGCACAGUGUAUAAGGCAAAAUAAUCUCAUCACAGGAGUUACAUUGGAGGCAGGUGAACAGAAACUGGCUCUCUUUGCAGAUGAUAUCCUCAUCUACCUGACCAAUCCUACAGACUCCCUACCGAAUUUGAUGUCAAUUCUGGAAGAAUAUGGAUCAUAUUCUGGCUACUCAGUUAAUAAGCAAAAAACUCAAGUCCUUAACUUUCACUAUGAUCCACCUCAUUAUCUCCGCUCUAGGUACCAACUUGACUGGGAUAAGAAAUGUAUUAAAUACCUUGGAAUCUUUUUGCCAUUAGACUUAUCUACACUACAGGAAAUAAACUAUGGGCCACUUAAAAAGGUGAUUAUGGAUGAUAUAAAUAGAUGGAGCUUGAUCCCUUACUUGAGUAUAUACUCACGUAUAGACUCAAUUAAAAUGAACAUACUGCCAAGACUUCUAUAUAUAUUUCAAACAAUACCUAUUGAGAAACCGGAGCACUACUUUAUGGAGUGGGAUAAACUUCUAGCUAGAUUCAUUUGGGCAGGGAAAAAGCCCAGGGUAAGGUUCAAAACACUUAAGUUAUCCAAAGAUAGGGGUGGGCUUGCUCUCCCAUGUCUUUUAGACUACUACAAGGCUGCUCAACUUAGAUUUUUAGUUGGUUGGUGUACGCCCAGUUAUAGAUCUAGGUGGAAAGAAAUAGAAUGCACAAUGGGAGGGAGAUACCCAAUGAGUAUGUUAAUUGGUGAUUGUUCACUAAUUGACCAAAUUACUGAUCCCGAUAACCCCUGGAUUUCUUGCUCCCUGAGGAUUUGGGAUAAUAUAACUAAACGUCACCACCUGAGGGACAAGAUGGGUAUUCUCAAAUGGUUUGCUUAUGACUCUGAUUUUAUACCCAGUAUUUACGAUAAACAAUUUCUUGUAUGGAACAGCAAAGGUCUCUCAACAUACAGCUCUUUACUAAAACAAGAUCUGGUGCUGAGUUUUCAGGAGCUGAAAGACCGAUUUGGAUUAGAGAAUCAAGACCACUUUAGAUAUUUGCAAAUCAGAGACUUCAUUCAGAAAUCCUUUAUAAGGAAAGAGAAAGUACCUGGAAAAGACAUAAUUAUAGAUAUCUUCUUGAAAGCUUCUGAAGAUGUAGCUUGCAAAAAAACAAUUUCUAGAUUAUAUGUUGCCCUUCAGGCCUUAACAGGUGACAAUACAAUGUCAAUCAAGUCCAGGUGGGAAAAGGAUAGCGGUCUGUCGCUAUCACAGGAGGAGUGGGAAGGGAUCUGUGCACAUCAAUGGAGGAUGACUAGUUCACCCUCAUGGAGAUUCUUUGGUUGGAAAAACAUCAUGAGAUUCUUUUGCACUCCAGCCCAAAAGGCAAAAUAUUCUACUCUAACGAAUUGCUGGAGAGGUUGUGGAUGUACAGUGGCAGACCACUUUCACAUUUUUUGGAAUUGUACUGCUGUCGCUUCCUUUUGGUCAAGUGUUCAUAAUCAUUUAGAACUUGCAUUCAGAUUAAGAAUUAACUUUGAUUUCAAAACACUGUAUCUCUGUGACUUUGAGGAGCUUCAAUGUGGAAAAUAUCUGAUGAGAGUGCUAUUAGUGGCGGCCAAAAAGGCCUUGACUAGAAAAUGGCUUCAGAAGGCCCCACCAACUGUAGAUGACUGGAUUGAUGUUGUGUAUGAUAUUUAUAAUAUGGAGAGAAUUACUUUCACAUUGAGAAAUCAAUAUGACAAAUUUUAUGAAAACUGGUUAAUUUGGGUUUACUAUGUGUCAGCAAUAAGACCUGAUUUUGUGUAAUUAAAUUACUGCAGGUUUAAUCUCCUCCUCUUGGUGCGAUCUUGAUAACUAUUUAAACUGGAUAUGACAAGCCCUUAUAAGUUAAGAGAUGUAUAAAUGGAACCUCCCCUGGUUCAUUGUUGUUGUAUUGUAUUGUGUUUUUUGUUGUUGUUGUUGUUGUAUUUCUUCUGUCUUAUUUUUUAUUUUUUUUUUUCCUUUUUGUCCUGUUCUGUCCCACGAGGGAGAGUUGUGCUGUAAAAUGGAAAAUCUUAAUAAACAGUAAAUUACAA